GGCCUCGGUCCCGGAAGCCGGAACCGCUAGCUUGUGGGUCUUUGGCCUGAAGACCAUGAGCGUGGCAGGUGGCCUUCGUCGCCGCGCGCGACUGUCGCGCCUCGUGUCCUUCAGCGCGAGCCACCGGCUGCACAGCCCAUCUCUGAGCAAUGAAGAGAACUUGAAGGUGUUUGGGAAAUGCAACAAUCCGAAUGGCCAUGGGCACAACUAUAAAGAUUGAUCCUGUCACAGGAAUGGUUAUGAAUCUGACCGACCUCAAAGAAUGCAUGGAGGAGGCCAUCAUGAAGCCUCUUGAUCACAAGAACCUGGAUCUGGAUGUGCCAUACUUUGCAGCUGUUGUAAGCACGACAGAAAAUGUAGCUGUCUAUAUCUGGGAAAACCUUCAGAAACUUCUUCCAGCGGGAGCUCUUUAUAAAGUAAAAGUGUAUGAAACUGACAACAACAUUGUAGUCUAUAAAGGAGAAUAGAUCUUAGGUUUAACACUGUAGACAGGCUCAUUUCUUUUCAUCCUUGAAAAGCUUUUUGUCCUUUUAGAGUACAUAGCAGUCAUCACAUGCUUGUGUUCUGGAGUGCCUGAGCAUUCAAGUAAUGUAAGGUCUGUAUUUAAAUGUAUUUAAAAACCAAGCUUGCAGUGUAUCCUGAAUGUAUUUUUGGUGAGAAAGUUGAAGCCAGGGCCUCACACGUGUGAAGCAUACACUCUACUCCUGAAGUGCAUCUACUCCUCUCAAGGCCAUUUAGAGGAUCUUUUAUCUAAAGAUGAAAGAUUAUUUCAUCUUGGACUGGUGAGAUGGCUCAGGUUAAGAACACUGGCUCAGAACCAUCUAUAAAGAGAUCUGAUGCCCUCUUCUGGCACGUACGUGUACAUGCAGACAGAACAUUCCUACAUUAAAAAAAUUAUCUGAGCAAAAUGUUUUGAUGUGGAAUUAUGUAAAGGUAAAAUAAACCCAUUUUUGUGAUCCA